ACGAUGGGAAUAUUUUGAUCUACUAUUAGUUCCCUCACAGCACCGCACAAUCUUUCUUCCGAACAUGAUCUUUGAGAGGAAAAGGUUUCUUCUCCUCCUACUGUGUCCACAUAUACAAAGAGGUGUAUUGCUAGGAUGUCCUCCUAAGUGUUGAGAGGCCUUAAAAUGUUCUUCCAGUCGGAGAUUUUGCCUAGAUGGGAAUUGUGUCUUUACUUGUUUCUUACUUUUGGCUCUCAUUUUUAUUCUUUCUAUGAAGUCUUCCAAGCUUCUCAAGAAUACGAAGAAGAACUUGAUAGAAAAUUUGAACUGGAGAAAAAUACCCUGGGGUUGAGGAAGGAUCCAGUUGAUUUUGAAUGGAGCUUCUGGAUGGAAUGGGGCAAAGGAUAUAUACUGUGGCUUCUUUUUGGCCACUUGGUGGUAUCACUAGUAUCCAGCAUUUACAUGGAAAAGUACAAACCUUGGUUUCUGAUGGUGUAUGGAAUUGCUGCCUGUUGGUUUCUACUGGGGUCCAAAGGACUGACUAUGAUUUUUCUACAUGUCAGUAUCUCGUAUUUAGUAGCCCAGUUGAAAAAUCCAAUGCUUACAUGGUUGACUUCCUUGCUUCUGUUGUCAACUCUGCAACUAUCUGCCGUAGAAGAAGUGAAGAGAGGCUGGUAUGCCAGUGAAAAUGAGUAUUAUCUACUAGUUUUCACCCUGAUUGUACGCUGUCUCUAUUAUACAAGCUUCAGUCUGGAAUAUUGUUGGGAUAGGACUACUGAGAUGGUACAGCAUUCAUUCCUUUGGAUGUUGUCAUAUACAUUCUACUAUCCUGUGUUUCACAAUGGACCUGUUAUCACCUUUGAUGAAUUUUAUGCACAGAUGAGCAAACAACAAUCCUGCAAUUGGAAGUCCAAUCUAUCUAUUUUCAUCUGGGGAGCCAUUCGUAUUUUGAUUUGGUGGUGGUUGGCAGAAUUGAUGAUUCACUUUAUGUAUAUGCAUGCUCUCUACAGCAGCAUUUCACACCUGGAAGCAGUAACUUACUGGACGUUAGGUGGCCUUGCAUUGGGCCAGGUCCUAUUUUUUUAUGUGAAAUACCUUGUACUUUUUGGUGUUCCAGCCCUUGUUGUUCGCAUGGAUGGACUGAAGCCUCCUGAUUUACCUCGUUGUGUAAGCACCAUGUACAGUUUUUCUGGAAUGUGGAGAAGUUUUGAUGUUGGAUUACAUAGGUUCCUUAUUAGGUAUAUUUAUGUCCCAAUGGGAGGAUCUCAUUGCAGCAUAUUUAAGAUGUUGUUUUCAACUGCCAUCACAUUUGCUUUUGUAAGUUACUGGCAUGGAAGCCAUAGCUAUCUUUGGUCCUGGGCUGUGCUUAAUUGGCUUGGAGUAACAGCUGAAAAUGGAGUGAAGAGGAUUGUUUCUUUUCCAAUUGUCCAUAAUUUUAUUGUAAGUUAAUUCUUGUUCAUGUUUAUAAGAAUCAUAUUUAAGUUUAGGAUGAAAUCUGAAAUAUGUUUUCUGAAAGCGUCCUGAGCAGGUUGAGUACUUUU